AUGGAGUACGACGGGACGAACAAGCCGAUCCAACCAUUCGGCGUCGUCGUCGUCAGCAAACUUCAAAGGAAGCCCAAUAGUCCUUUGACAGCGUUCGGCAGGUCCGAAUCCAGUCGGAAUGGGGUCUUUUCAAGAAAAAUAGCUCUUUUCAAAGAAAAUACUUAUUCAGAGUGUUUGUUUUUCAGUUAUUGGAAGCCGGAGCCGUCGCCUUCGACGCAUGAGCCGCCCGUGCAACUCGAUCAUCUCCGGAAAGAGACCGUUUGUCGCAAAGAGAGGUUUCUAAUCAGAGAGAGUCGCAAAGAAGUUAUAUGUACAAUCGAUGAUCAGAAGACAGUGUUAUAUCAAGCACAUUCAAUAGACAGAUUCAUCUUUCGUUACUUUGAAAAACGUUCUCAUUGUUUUCAUGCCUUGUCAGAAUUUCAAUUUCUCUUGAUCCUUCAUGAAAAUCGCGCAAGAAAAGUUUUGCAGUCGAAGCGACCGAACUAAUAAAAUAAUAUUCGUUUAUUUGAUCUCGAAUGUUUUCUUUUGCAGUGGGAGCCUCGUAGACACUGUGGUGACUACGGUGGACGGCCAACAGUACGACACGAAACAGUUGGACGAAGACCCUGAAGUGGACACUAUUUCCGACUGGGCUUUCCCUAUUUUCCAUUUCUCUAAACGAUACCCCACCACAAUUCUUAGUAGGGUCAGUCUCUCAUGCAUCCCUUUAUUCCAGAUUUCCAAAAAAGCCACGAAAAUUAGCGUGGCUUGAAUAAACUGAGCGAGCUUUUUUGAUAGUACCAGAUCAAGUUUAGUUGUAAAUCCCCGCUGAAUUAUUAACUGUUUGAUAUUUUCUAAAAGCUCAAAGAUUUAUGACUUACGAGUUGAACCAAUCGAGUAAAACAAUGAAAUUUGCAGUUAACGUAUACAGUAUUUCGACAAGCCGAGCUUUUUCGGAUUUUCAAAGUGUCGCCCAUCAAGUUUUUCAACUUUUUCCACGCUCUCGAAACCGGUUAUUGGGAAAUUCCUUGUGAGUUAUCUUUUUCGUUCCGAUGAUGUUUUUAUAAAAAGAUAAUAUUACAGACCAUAAUCGAAUACAUGCGGCAGAUGUGCUCCACGGCGUUUUUUAUCUUUCUGUCCACCCCAUACGCGCUCAAAUCGGUUCGUUUUUUCUACAAUUUUUCAGUUUCACUAUGCGUUUAUGAAAGUUAGCUUGACCAGAAAUGGGCUUUCCAGGAUAAACGGUGUUUUCAGGCCCCCCUCCUUCUCCGGAUUCUCUGCUGCCGCCUCCGGUCGCUCAGGCACAGCCCAUCAUGAACGCCAUGAGCACGCUCGAAGUCAGUUUUUCCUCAUCUUUUGAAAAAGUGGAUCCUCAGCUGAGAUGUUCAUGAUUUCUGUUUAUGAAAUGUUCAGCUUUUCUCAAAAAAUGGAACUGAAGGCUAGAAAGAGCUCAGUUUUAACAAAAAUUAUCCAAAAAUUUCAAUGUUACUGUGAUUGGCUUGCGGCACACAUCUUCAUUACCAAAAGGUGUGAACCUCUGAUUUAGAACGAAUUUUAUGGAUUUUAUUUUUAUUUAUUUUCGCGAGAAAUGAGAUCAGCAAGUUUCGAGAAAGAAGCGAUCAGACUUCUUUGAAGAGAGAAGGACAAGAAAUCUUCCAAGUUUUCAGUUGAUGGCACUGUACACGGCGGCGGCGAUGCACGACUACGACCAUCCAGGCCGGACCAACGCCUUCCUCGUCGCCGCUGAAGAUAAAAAAGUACCGGUUCCACUUUCUCAAACUCUUAUUUGAAAUCAGAAAACAAUCGUUCUUCUUUAGUUUUAUAAUUUAUUUCAUUCUUCGUGCUUCUAGGCGAUACUCUACAAUGACCGGAGUGUACUGGAGAAUCACCAUGCGGCCGAAUCCUGGCGUCUUUUGUGCCAAACCGACAACUGCUUCAUCGAGAACCUCGACGCCGCCGAAACCAAAAGGUAAACUCAACAAAAAAGCAUCAGAAGACAUUUUACCCCUUUCAGGUUUCGAUAUUUGGUGCUCGAGUAUAUCUUGGCGACGGACCUCAAGCAACAUUUUGAGAUCAUCAUGACGUUCAAUGAAAAGGUAAUAUUUAAAUGAUUUAGAAGAAAUUUUUUUAAAAAAAUUAGUUUUCGAAUAUUUUCAUUACUUUCCAAGAUUCCGACUCUAUGAAUGUAAAAAAAUUUCAGCUCCCUAGCGAUAAUUAAUUUUCUUAUUAAAAAUUUUUUUGCUUGGAACCGAUUUUUGUCAUGGGGGAGAUUCUCACCAAGAAGUUUAAUUGCGGAUCUCAGAACACACAUCGUUCUGCUUUCUAAUUCAAAUCAUGAAUGUCCUCAUCAUUCAACUCGGUUUCUAUCAUUAACUUUCUAGCGGUGAAUCAAAUACUGUCCAGAUCUUUUUGAAAUGCACGUAUUCAGACAAACGACAUGGACCUCGGAAGCGAGUCGGAUCGACUGCUUUUGGCCAAGUUGAUCAUCAAAAUGGCCGACAUCAACAGUCCCACAAAGCCCUACAACCUGCAUCGGCAGUGGACCGACCGCAUCUGCGAAGAGUUCUACGAGCAGGUUUGUUUCUCCGGGGCUUUCCUUCUGAAUUCCGAUCUGAAGGGCGACGAGGAGCGGCGGCGCGGAAUGACCAUCACUCCGUACAUGGACAGAGCCGAUGCGCAGGUCGCGAAACUCCAGGAUUCCUUCAUCGCCCACGUCGUCAGUCCCCUCGCCGUCGCCAUGAACGAGGUAGCCGAGCAGACUGCGCACAAAAAAAGAGGAAAACAGUUCCUCACAAGGAAGUUUUCCAGCUUUUCGUAGAAAAUUCAAUUAUUUUCUUUUUCCUCCUUUUCGCUUCUUUCAUGUUUUUCGAAGUAUUUCACUUUCAGGCUGGUUUGUUGCCCGUACUGCCUGGACUCGUGGAACCGGAGAUGAUGAUGAACCUGAAACACAACCAUCAGAAGUGGCUCCACGAGAUCGACUCCAUGUGUCCGACCAACAACGGUUUUUAUAAUGAUCCUUAUUCUCUUAAUUGUAAAAAAAUUUCGUCCUCAAUGACGCGUAGUAAUAGAUUUAAAUUAAAAAUUUAUAUUUUUUUAUUUCGGUAGCUUUUUUUGUGGGUUAGGUUGAGCCAUUGUUGUGCCCAAGAAAUUAUUUUAUGGGAUGUGAGUUAAUCAGAAAGUUUCAGUUCUCCCGUCAAAUAUAGCGAAAUAGUCUGCGAAGAUCACUUAGGACCAGUAGCUAGCUAAGAUUGAAGGAUAUUUUUGGGGCGCGGUCAUUUGACUUUCGAAGUUUAUGAAAAAUGCUGGUUUUGCAGGUACGAUGGGCAACGGGGUGAUCGAAGAGGAGAGUACGGCGAGCGAGAGUCCAGAUCUGCGGAAAGACUCGCCGUCGCUCGAUUCUGACGGCGAAGUGAGUAGUGGCUUGCCGUUGCGCUUCCGCUUUGCUUGACCUCACUUUCCAUCGCAUGAAUCUUUUUCCAGGCUCUUUCCGGGAAUCCCUGA